AUGUCGGGCGUUACCAACAACAACAACAACGAGGAAGACAAGAAGCCCAGCGAGCAAGGAGCACACAUCAACCUCAAAGUCAAGGGGCAGGAUGGGAACGAAGUGUUCUUCAGGAUCAAGAGGAGCACUCAAUUGAAAAAGCUUAUGAAUGCUUAUUGUGACCGACAGUCUGUGGAUUUCAACUCUAUCGCUUUUCUGUUUGAUGGGCGCCGCCUCCGUGCUGAGCAGACCCCUGAUGAGUUGGAAAUGGAGGAUGGUGAUGAAAUUGAUGCCAUGCUUCAUCAGACUGGAGGUUCUGUAUUCUGA